AUGUCGGCCGCCUACGACCGCGCGGCCGAGCUCCGCGCGCUGGACGCGACCCUCGCCGGCGUGCGCGGCCUCGUCGCCAACGGCGUCACCCGCGCCCCCCGCAUCUUUCGCGUCCCUGACGACGUCGACGUCCAUGAAGCGCUGCAGGAGCCCACCGGCGGCCGGCAAGAACCUGCAGCCAUCCCGGUGAUCGACCUCGGCUGCGGCGACCACGCGGCCGUGGUGGGGGCCGUGGGCCGGGCCGCGGCGGAGUGGGGGUUCUUCCAGGUCACAGGCCACGGCGUGCCUCCUGAGGUCGGCUCCUCGGCGUUGGAUGCGGCCCGGGCGUUCCACGAGUCCGCCGGCGGCGAGGGCACCGACAAGGCGCGGCUCUACACCCGCGACCCGGCCAGGGCCGUCAAGUACAACUGCAACUUCGACCUGCACGAGUCCAAGGUGGCCAACUGGCGCGACACCCUGUACCUCCGCGUCGAGCCCCACCCUCCCAGCGCCGGCGACAUGCCGGAGUCCUGCCGCCGUGACGUGUUCUUUGACUACGCCGAGCACGUGAGGAACCUACGGGACACACUCUUUGCCCUGCUGUCGGAAGCACUUGGCCUCCACCCCAACCACCUAGCCGACAUGGGUUGCAACCAUGGCCAGAUGAUACUCUGCCACUACUACCCUCCAUGCCCCGAGCCCUCACUAGCCAUCGGCACCACCCGCCACUCCGACUCCGGCUUCCUCACGGUUCUGCUCCAGGACGGCGUCGGGGGGCUCCAGGUCCUCCACGAGAACCGGUGGGUCGACGUCACGCCAACGCCCGGGGCGUUCAUCAUCAAUGUGGGCGAUCUCUUACAGAUGAUCUCGAAUGACAGGUUUAGGAGCGUGGAGCACAGAGUCAUUGCGAAGAACGAUGCACCGAGGGUCUCGAUCGCAUGUUUCCCAAGCAAUCCAAGUUCGGAGAAGAUAUAUGGCCCCAUCAAGGAGCUGCUGUCGGAGAAGAACCCGUCGUUGUACAGGGAGACACUCGCUAGGGAUUACGUCGCGCACUAUUACUCUGUCGGAUUGGGUCCCAAGAUGGCCAUCAAUGAUUUUCGUCUAUGA